AUGACCAACUCUGCAGGCGGAAUGCCCUACAUUAAGAGCGAGCCCGACGAUUUCGGCAAUAACCCUAACCGGUUCAUGCCUGCCUCAAACUUUAGCAACUCACAGCCGUAUGGAAACCAAUUCAACAACCCGCAAGAUGGUGCUAGCAUCGACCCCUCGGAGCUGUCCAUGCAGAACCCCAACUUUGGUGGUAUGCAAUACAAUUUUGCUGGAGGCAACAUGUCAUCCAGCUUCAGUAUGGGCAACUCGGGCUAUGAUGACAGCGAACUGCUAGAGAGCCUCGACUUUGGAAACAACGGUCAAGGCAUGAUUGAUGACUUUUCCACCAUGACUCAACCAAGCAAUGUUAACCGAAGCUCAGGCGGUGUUCCGACGAACCAACAAAACCAAAUGUCCAACGUCUAUUCCAGCACACCGGACGGGCCUCCCAUUCAAAGUCCCUUCUUGGGCAACUUCGAUUACAACCAGUUCCGGAUGGGUUCCCUGCCGCAGCAUAUGUCGCCUUUACAAGGUUCCCAAUUUGGGAAGCGCCCGAGCAUCCAAUCGGCGAAUCGGAAGUCAUCCGAUCAGAGGUCUCCCCUAACACCACGUACGGCGGCUAUGGCACAGCUUCAUAUCGGUACCCCAGAAUCGGGAAAUCUUGCCAAUGGUCGGCCAAUCAGGACACCAAACCUCCAGAACCGACAUACGAAGACGCUGUCUGGACAGUACGACAGCACUCCUGGAAGCCUCCACUCAUACCUGGAUUCUCCUUUGUCGUCACCCGUCGCUGGUCUUCACCAUGCUGGCAUCUCAGAAACCAUUGGUUCCGGACAGCAUGCCUCUCUACCGGCCAAGGUGGAGAAUGGGUUGAGCAAUGCCGAAACAGUCGAAGCAAAGAAACGUCGCAGACGAGCCUCUCACAAUGCCGUAGAACGAAGACGGCGAGACAAUAUCAAUGAGAGGAUCCAAGACUUGUCACAUUUAGUGCCCCAACAUCGUCUAGAAGAUGACAAGGUCAAGAAACAACUUCAGAAUAACGGACCACUGUCACCGUCGGUGGGUGCUACCAGCAUGAGUCCCCCCAAUGCUAAUAACACGGCCACAUCGUUGCUCGCCGGCGCCGCCGGUCGCCGUGCCGCCAGCACUGCGGGCAACAUCACCAUCGGAUUGCCAAUUGAGGAAAAAGAGAAAGGGCCCAACAAGGGCGAUAUCCUCAACGGAGCCGUCAGCUGGACUCGUGACCUGAUGUGGGCACUUCAUCAAAAGUACCAGCAAGAAGAUGAAUUGGCCUCAUAUAUCACGUCUCUCGGAGGCUCCUGGCCCCUCCAAGUCACAGACGAUGAGAAACGCAUGCGGUCCGAAGUGAUGGACGCGGUAGAGAAGAACGACGCCAGUACCUUUACCUACUCGAGGACCGAUGGUAGCGGCCUUCGGGUACCUAGGCAUACCAACCUUGCCGGAGACCGGGUCCAGACAAAUCCUAGUCUCAGUCCCCAGAGCAACUUUGAGCUCAGCCCAGGUUUCCACAGCGGUGGAAGUGGAACCAACAGUGGUAGCAAUGGACCGGGACAAACUCAGUACUGGCAUAGUGCUGGGCAUGGAGGAAUCAGUUUCAAGGAAGAAGACGAAUUUAUGGAGAUGAACUGA